GCCUUCCGCCACACUCAACAUGGCGCCGGUGCCGGUCCGCCGAGGCGCCUGAGCAAGUCGCAAGUGGCGCGUUCCACUCCAGUUAUGGCGACCCCCCGACAGGCCGCGGAUGGCGGCGCUCUGGAAACACGCGGUCUGGAGCGGAUUCUGGAGGCGUUGAAGCUGCUGCUGAGCCCGGGAGGAUCAGGCUCAAGUUCACUGCAGAUCACAAAACAUGAUAUCUUGUUGGCUACUUUAAAAUCUAACCUGUCUGCUUUGGAGGACAAAUUGCUGAAGGAUCCUCACUGGAAGAAAUUGAAACUCCUAAGGGAUGAAAUUGCUAAUAAGGCAGAAUGGGCACAAAAUUCUGUGGAUGUCACCUGGAGUUUUACCUCUCAAACCUUACUGUUGCUGUUGUGCUUGAAGGAAACCAUGAUCCACCUUGCAGCUGAUUUCAAUCCGGGUAAACCCAACCCUAGGACUCCAGAAGCUGCUCCUGCUCUGAGCCCAGAUACACUUAGUAUCUCACAGCAGAAGACUGUCCAGUCAGUCUUGCAGUUUGUAGUCACCUUGGGUGUCUGCCCCUAUCUCAUGCCUGGUGUUGGAGUCCCUUUGAGAUAUAGGACGGAGUUCGGGGCUGUUGUUCAAGAUGUGGUAUGUCUUGAUGUUGCCCCGGAUGCAACCCGGAGACUGUACACCAGUUGCAGGGUCCUCCUAAAUGUUGCUCAGCAUGCAUCUCUGGGGAGCUUGAUUUUCUGCCGCCAUUUUGGGGAUAUUGCUGCAGGCCUGUGCCAACUGGGGUUCUGCCCAACCAAGAGAAAACCACUAAAACCUGAGGAAGAGGUGUUAACCGAAGAGGAAAGAGCCCUGUCUAGAGAGGCCUUGAGAAACAUCUUGGAUCAAAUAUAUCAACCAUUAGCAGUCCGAGAAUUACUUAUCCUCCAGGGAGGACCACCCCAGUCCUGCACAGAUGUGAAGACACAAGUUAGGUGUCGAGCCCCAGCUUGGCUUCGGCGUCUAUGUGGGCAGCUGCUCUCCGAAAGGUUGAUUAGACCCAGUGGUGUUCAGGCAGUAGUCCGGGGCAUUUUGGAAGGAGCAGGUGCUGGGGCGGCUGGCGGGAGUGAUGCUGAGGCCACAGCUGCUGACUGGAAGAAGUGUGACUUGACUGCAAAGAUUUUGGCCUCUUGUCCCCAGCAGUCUCUUUCACCAGAGGAUUACUAUAGGGAUAUCUGCCCCCAGAUUCUGGAUUUAUUUCACUUUCAAGAUAAAUUGACAGCACGACAAUUUCAGCGAGUUGCUACCACUACCUUUAUAACUAUGUCAAGAGAACACCCACAAUUGGCAGCAAAGUAUUUGCUUCAGCCAAUGUUAGCUCCUCUUCAUCGAUGUUUAAAUACAGCAGAGAUUCCAGAGAGUGACGUGGUGCCUGGGACCAUUUUGGUGACAGAAGAAGAACUUAGUAGAUGUAUUGAGGAUGUAUUUAAGGUGUAUGUGGUCGGGAAUGAACCUUCAACAGUUUUGGUGGAUUCCCUGCUUCCAGUCCUGGGAGUCCUCUUUUCUCUCUACUGUUUUACCAAGCAGGGUGUGUCUCACAUAAGGUCACUUUGCCAAGAGAUCUUAUUGUGGAUUCUGGGGAAGCUGGAGAGGAAGAAGGCGAUUGCCAGCCUGAAAGGAUUUGCAGGGUUGGACAAAUCUGUGCCCUCUCUCCAUUGUCUGUGUCACUUUAGAGCUGCCACUCAAGGUGGCAUUAUGAUUACCAUCAAAGAGGCCAUUUGUGAUGAAGAUGAAGAUGAAGCCUUGUAUCAGAAGGUGUCCUCAGAGCAGUGCCAGAUAGAGCAUCUCGGGGACUUGCUGUCCCAUUGCCAGGAAUGUGGUUUGGCAGGCGACUUCUUCAUCUUCUGCUUGAAGGAGUUGACGUGUGUGGCUGAGGAACAUGAAGCAGAGUUAAAAACAAAGCCUUUCUCCAGCAAAAGCCUCUUGGAAUUGGAGCAGCACCAAACUCUUCUUGUGGAAGGCCAGGAGCAGAAACUGCUGGUCCUCCAGCUGGUGGCUGUUCUGUGCGAGAGAAUGUCUGAGCAGAUAUUUACAAACAUCACUCAGGUGGUGGACUUUGUAGCAGCAACACUGCAGCGAGCAUGUGCAAGCUUGGCCCACCAGAGAGAGAGCACUGUGGAAUCACAGACACUGAGCAUGUCCAUGGGGCUGGUGGCUGUCAUGCUGGGAGGAGCUGUUCAGUUGAAGUCAAGUGAUUUUGCUGUCCUGAAGCAGUUGCUGCCUCUAUUGGAGAAGGUCUCCAACACAUACCCUGACCCUGUCAUCCAAGAACUUGCUGCUGAUCUCCGCAUCACCAUCUCCACCCACGGAGCCUUUUCCACUGAGGCUGUCAGUGUGGCUGCCCAGAGUACCCUGAGCAAAAAGGAUCCACAAGGGAAAAUAGAAGGGCAGCAACAAAUCAGUCGUGAAAGAUCCACUGAUGUGUCUCAUAGCCACCUCACACAACAGCAAAGCCGUGAGAAAUCCAAUGAGACAGACCUGAAAUCUAAUGCUCCACUCAUCCCUCAGGAGGUCAGUGAACCCAGCACCACUACAAAUCAGAAAUCUGGAAGCAUAACCACAGAGCAGCUCCAGGAAGUUCUUUUAUCAGCUUAUGAUCCUCAGAUUCCAACACGGGCUGCUGCCCUGCGCACUCUUUCCUGCUGGAUAGAGCAGAGAGAGGCAAAAGCCCUUGAGAUGCAAGAGAAACUUCUCAAGAUUUUCUUGGAGAACUUGGAGCAUGAAGACACCUUUGUAUAUCUGUCCGCUAUUCAGGGGAUUGCCCUGCUCUCAGAUGCAUACCCUGAGAAAAUCUUGCUUGGCCUGUUGACUCAGUAUGACAGUGGUAAAGACAAGCACACUCCGGAGACCAGAAUGAAAGUUGGAGAAGUCCUGAUGCGAAUUGUCAGGACGUUAGGGGACAUGGUCUCAAAGUACCGAGAACCUUUGAUCCACACCUUCCUGAGGGGAGCGAGAGAUCCAGAUAGUGCUCACAGGGCCAGCAGCUUAUCUAACCUUGGAGAACUGUGCCAGAGGCUGGACUUUCUGCUGGGUUCCGUGGUUCAUGAGGUGACAGCUUGCCUGAUUGCUGUGGCUAAAACAGACCAUGAAGUUCAAGUGCGCAGAGCUGCCGUCCACGUGAUUGUCCUGCUGCUUCGGGGACUCAGCCAGAAAGCUACUGAGGUGCUGAGGGACGUCCUCAAGGAUCUCUACCACCUGCUGAAGCAUGUGGUGCGUUUGGAGCCCGAUGACGUGGCCAAACUCCAUGCCCAGCUGGCCCUGGAAGAGCUGGAUGAGAUAAUGAGAAACUUCCUGUUCCCACCACAGAAGCUGGAGAAAAAGAUUAUUGCCCUGCCAUAGACCUGAGUCAAAGGACAUCAAGGAGGCAGAGGGGGACCAAGCAGCCAGAGCAGUGCCCAAGCCUUCCGGCAGGUGGCCCCACUGCCUCUUUGGUGCGGGCAGUAUGGCUGACCCUGGAAGUGGCUUUACGUCUCUGGUCAUUUGUGUCUUCAGGCUGACCGUCCUAAAGCAUCUAUUUAGCCAUCCUGCAUCCAGCCUGAAGUGUGUGCCGUUAAAAGAAAAAAGAUUAUAAAUCUCAUUAAUCUGCACAUUUUUCACUGUGCCGUAGCAUUUAGAGAAGGAUGUCUACCUGAUGGAAGUAUAUUUUUUAACACGACUGAUGGAAUUUGAUUAAUUGACCACUUGCUUCUUGAGUAGAAGAGGUUGGCCACCCAUAUGUUACAUAUCUUGAUAUUCUUUCAUGGUGAGAUUGUUCUUCCCUGUGAUAAAGCGGAGCAGCCAGAGCUAGUCAUCCUUGGCUGCUCAAGAGGCAUUUCAGAGAAUGGAGAUGCAGUUGGAGGUAGGGAGGGGAAGGAAAUUAUCAAAACAUGCAAAACGGAAUAAAAUUAUCUUGGCUGGAAAGAAUAAGAAGUCUGAAUCUUGUCCUCUGCUAUUGAGAUGGAAAGCUACGGUGUUGAGGAGGAUUUGAUCUCCAGAAAAGAGAAUCAAGCUGGUUGAAUCUUCCAGAGAAGGGUAAGCUCUCUGUUUGUCGUCUGGGGCCAUUUUCCUUCACUCCCUCUGCUACUGUUUGCAUUAGAGGUGCCCUGAUUUUAGGAGAAAAGAGGCACAAACAUCUCAGGUGAGAGUUUAUAUCCUACAUUCGGUCCUCUGGGUCCUUUAGAAAGAUGAAUGCUUAGACAGUGGGUUAGUACCGAAUAAAUGCGUGCUGCACAGUGCAUCACACAUUGGUGACCCGAUGCCAGGUUUAUUGAAAUCAUUUCAGAUGUGGCACUGUGGACUCCUUUAUUUAUUUAUAUAUUUUGAUCACUGCAUUUUGAUUGAACCUAAAAGACAAGACAAAAAGGAGAAACUGGCUGACUGCUUUAGGCAAGCCCUUCCUAUUGUCAACACCUUGACAAGGCUAACCAGGGCUCCUUGGUCAAGUCCUCAGCUUUGCUGGGCUGGGUACAGAAUUUGUUACAGGAUUUUAUCCCCACUCUCUGGUGUGACCAGGCCCAGGGGAGCCAAAACACAAUUUCCCAAAACUCUCAGGUGACUGAAGGAGCUAUAGCCAAGCAUGCCUGUGUGCCAUUUAACAGCAGGAUAUUUCUCUCUGACCAGAUUAGAGACCCGGUUCUUAGCUUAGAACCUUUGUGGUGGGCACUCCUUUACAAAGGCCAACUUACAGGCAGUAUGGAUCACAAGUUAGCUUAGCAAAGAAUUAGAACAAAGGAAGUCAGAUGUUUUUAAAGAAUAUUUCCAUUCACCUAGGGCAGGUGGAUUAAUUUCCAUUUUCCAAAUCAAGGAUGUUUAGAAAAUCAGGAUUGGGGCUUUCAAAUCAGAGAAGAAUCUCCUUUGGAUGACCUGGAUAUACAAAAAUUCUUAUUUCCUGGCCUUCUUUUAA